UGUGUGUGUGUGUGUGUGUGUGUGUGUGUGUGUGUGUGUGUUUUGGGAGACAGGAGUUUGAGAUGAAUAAGAAACGCUGUGUACCAUUUUCCAUGCUACAUACCGACUAUAACUAGGUUUCGAGUUUGUAGUGCAUUCACUCUGGAAAAGUGACAAAAUGAAGUACCCUUGAUACCAGUAUACUUGGCUUGUUUGAUUUUUUUAAGUGUGUUGUUGAUUGACUCCUCACAGCUGGAAAAAGUUCAAACAAGUUGUAGAAACAGAUGAGACAUCUCCAGGAACAUUGUUUUGUAAGUUUCCAAAUUUUAAAUUGGCUAAUUGCUUUUCCCAGUUUGAUCCAUGGCAGUUUAUUUUUUUUUAAUCAUUUCCUGUUGAUUUGGGACACGGCUCAUGUCUUUGACUAAUUAAACAAAGUUAGAAGAACUGAACACAGUAAGGUGCAACAUCAUAAGAAAUCACAGCAGGAUUCUUUUUUUAAUGCAAUCCAAAAUGAGACAUCUGUUGUCAGAAAAUAAGUUGUGUAUUUAUUUGUUCAUUCACCAAUGACCAAACAGAUGAACAUUGUUACAUACACAUAAGCUGUGCUACAGAUGUAAUGUGUAUAGGGCCUCUAGCUGAAGCUAAUUUGCAGCUCCAUCCGUGCCGAAGGUUUUAAAUCGAGGUUAAAACAGGCGAACAAACAAGUUGAACAGAAUCACAAUUAAAACAACAGGACAGAAAAUGUAAUUUAUGUUUUUGAAGAAUUUAGUUAUGAUGCCAUUUCUUCGAUCUCUGAUCCAUAACAUGUUAAGGAUGUAUAUGAUGAUGUUUAAUGAUAUGUAUGCACAUUUGAGCUGCUUUGAUAGAUAUACAUGGUGUCAUCAAACAAGAGAAGUCUAAAUCUGUUUUGAUAGUUUGGACACUUUCCUAAUAUUGGCUUCUAACCUGAGUUGAGAAUCCAAAAUGACACCUAAUAGAUGACACGGAGGAGUUACGGCAAAGUAGGAUUUGUGGCACGCUUCAUUGAUUUCUGUUGUGUAUACACUGGCAGCAGUCACAGUCACACAGCUCACACUUAAAUACAACAGUUUUAAUCAUAUCUCAAAUUAUGUUCGUUAUUAGACUGGGAUUGCCAAGAGUCCCAUGCAAACAGCAGGCCUGAUUAAGGUGCAUAGACAUGGAAAUGUCUUUUUCUUGUUUGUACAGAUGAACAUGAUGGGCACAGAUUCAGAGCAAGAACUGCACACACAUCUCGGGGGCUUUUAACACUUUGAAUAUUUCUUAUAUUGUUGUUUUUUCUUCUCUUGGAUAUGAAACAUUAGCUUCCUCUAUUGGCUGAGCCACUGAUUAAACUACUACAUCUUCAUUUGGAGCUCAUUGGAGUCCGGAUGAAGAGGAAAAACUCCCUGUAUAGCUGGCUAGUGUUGAGUCGGCUCACACGGGGGGUGUGUGUGUGUGUGUGUGUGUGUGUGUGUGUGUGUGUGCGUGUGCGUGUGCACGUGUGCGUGCGUGCGCCACUGCCAGACGGUGAUAGUAAUGAGGUGUUUAUGACCGAUAUUGUAUGUUGUGAAUUCAAUUGGGCAUCAGAUGUAGCAGUCAACAGAUGCCGUAUCCCUUUUCCCUGAUUUGUCAAACUAAUUAUGAUUAUCUUAUGGUGUCAAAUACCAGACUGUCAUGAGCUUUGCUGCUAUUUACUGGCUUCGAUCAGCAUAGAAACGGUUCCUGACGUCUUCAUUUGCUCUGCAGGUCACAAGAUGUCACACUACUAUAAAUAUACACAUAUUGAGCGACAUGAAAGUGAUACUGUAAUUGCUUAUUCAGCCUUCAGUAUCCCCGAAAUGAAAUUUCUGUAAUUUCCACGUUUUUGUUUUUGAAUGGAGUGACGCUCCAUAUGCAAAAAUGAAGUGAUGCUGGAGUUGCAUCAUCCUACGUUAUUUCACCAGCAGUACAAUGAUGGAAGACCGCAGUGUGGAUUUUAUAAGCCGGUAUGUAAUUGCAAACAGAUGUUAGCGCCCAGAUGCAAGUGAACAAAGUCUGACUUUCACAAAGGAAAUAACUGAGCGAUUGUGGAAUGUAUUGUUGUUGGUAUUUUGAUACUUGGUGCAGCGUUUUAAACCACUGCAAGAGGCAACAAAAUGGAGAAUAAAUAACAUUGCCGUCGAGAUGCGAAACAGAAAAAUGUAGCCAUCUUCUGUAGUCGUUGUUGAAUCCACUUACAGUCUUCUGAAGUCCUUACCACCGUCUGUGUUUUUACUUUUGCCACUCACUUAAAAAAAACCUGUGGUAGUUAUUAUGUUAUGUUAUAUAUGUUGUUAUUAUAUAAUUAUGCUGAGAAGUGAACCCCACUUCUCAGCAUAAUUUUACUUUGGGUUUAAUUAAUUCAGAGAUGAAAAAAGGAAAUGUUCAGUGUGACACAGGAUGGACUUGUCGUCUGUGUUUGUCUGAUUACCUAAAUGUUGUUAUAGUGAACUGAAACUUUAUUUAUUUAACGAUGGAUAUGCCAGGAGAGAUGCAACCAUCUCUAUUAGACUUGGAAAGACGACCAGAUCUCAUGUUCAACUGUAUUUCUAGUUCACCUUGGAGGAGGAUUCAACACACGUACCUUACACACACCUCCCCUAGCAAGAGAUCCUAUUAUCCAAUCCCAUCCUUCACACCCCUACCUUGAAGGCGAGAGUCAGUUUCGAUUGAGUUGGGAUAGAUGAUGCUUCCCUUCCCUCUCCCCUCUUCCCUCCCUGACCUCGUCUUUCAUCGCUCUUUACCUUGGGAGUUUGAAAUUCAGCAGCAGCUUGUCGAUGGUAAGACUGUUUGGUCUCGAGGGCUUCCUAUCAGCUAAAUGGUGCGUGCAGAGCUCUGCGCUGCCAGCCUCGAACGCUGAGUGUCUCAGUUUGUACCCGCUAUGAAGUUAGAGACACUCCGGAGACAUCAGCCCCUCUGAUGAUGUCUGAACGUUGUCAUUUUGUACCAAAUUCUGUCAACAAAAGUUGUUUAUCUGUAACUGAAACCGUCACUGAAUACACAUUUCAUAAAACAAAAUGUCUAGAAGAUGGAGAGGAGGAAGAUGUUCCAAAAAGGCAGACUGGGGGAAGAUCAGUGUAAAUCCCGCUAAACCCUGAGCAUUAGCAUGAGCAAAUAAAAAUGGCAAAUAUAAGUAACGACAAGAAGAAGGGAAUUAGUUUAAGUUGAAGGGCUUUAUGGGGUCAGUAAAGUGACUAAUUAAAAGAGAGGAUGAAGGAAAAUCCCCAAAAUCAACAUUUGAAGUCGCAGUGAAACAGCAAUUAUGAGUGUCUUUAGCCUCCCAUGUGAAGCUGAAUAUGUGGGGUAUGUGAUCAAAACCUUCAGGUGUAAUUGUACAAAAUAGGUAUUCAAUUGUAAUAGAAAUACAUUGGAGCACAAUCGGUCUCUCUUGGAAAAAGCAUUGUAAACAAAGUUAUUGUCAACGGAAAUCCAAACACUUACCACUGACCCAUGAGGCUUAGCUAUUUUAUAAAUAUAUGCCCCCAAGUUCAAGACCGCAAAAGUAUUACGACCGUUUUACAGGAAGAGGAAAUAGGGAUUUUGUUAAAAAAACAUUUUAAAAUAUAUAUUUGGCAAAUACCAAGAGAUAACUGAACAAUUAACAAAGGGGCACAGGGAACUUAAUAUCUUAAAAACAUGUUUUUUUUUUUUAUUCCACUGUGUCUAUACGAGGUAGGAAUAAGAAAGGUGGAUAUAAUAAAUUGUAAUAACUAUUUGGUACAAGUUUAAUAAAUAUAAAUGGAGUGUAAAACUCAAAUAAAACUUGACGGGAUGAAAGGAAUGACUUUCCUCAAGGGUUAGAACGUUAAUGCAAGUUUGGAUGAAUCAUGUCAAAGCUAAUACUGAUUUGUGUUAACAGUAAGUGCUUACUCGCCUAGUGAUGGAUGAUGCAGGCAUAACUGUGACCAGAGGCUUGGAUCAGUGAUACAUAAUAGUAAUGCUGUCUAUCCCACUUGCACUGAUUUGAAGCAGUUAUUGUCUUUUUAACUGCAACCAAUUGGUAAUUUAAACCGGACUGUUGUACUUUGUAGUUCAGCUGCCUCAUCGUUGGCAAUCGAUCAUAUAAUUAGAUGUUGGUGUUUCAGUCGACUAAGAAUAGUAUUUUUUUUUUUUAUGGUGUCUUGAUGAAGAACGAGUCUUAAGUAGUCAUUACUCAUCUGUAGAAAAUAAAAGGCACAAUGGUAUUCACCAAUAAGCUUUUGUGUUUUGUCUUUGAUGUAAUGGUCUGUGAUUGUAAAUGUAAAUGCGACGCCACAUUCGAUUCCUCAUGUACAUACAGUACAUGGAGCUAUAUGCUCUCGAGGGUCUGUGGAAGGAUAAUAAGCUGUGUCGGGAUAAUCCUGAGGGCGUCCACUUCAAAACACGGCUAGUUGAACGGCUAGAUUUCCCUGCAGCUCCCACAGUCGCUGCCAGACAGUGACGGCACUGAGCUUUCUGAGGUGUGGAAUACUAAAACACCUUGUUGGGGUUUUAUCGAUAUUUUAAUGUACAUGCUGCUUUUGCCUGCAAGUAUGCGAGCAUUUCUUAAACGCUAAAGGCUCUCUCAGCCGCUUGCUCUUCAUGGCUGACUGAGCAUCUGCCCUACACACAAACACACACACACACACACACACACACACACACACAAACAAACACACAGAGGCUCUUACAUGAAUUUAUGCCCAUUAAAGACAAAAGGCACACUGGCUUAAAUGAAGCUUAAAAACACUGUGGCACUGAGUCCCCCCACCACCAUCACACACACACACACACACACACACACACACACACGCACACACACAGCCAAUAUGCAUUCAUGUUUCUUUACUUUCAGAAUGUAGUGUAGUAGAAGACGGUGUUAUAGAGAAAAAGGGAUGUGUGUGUGCUGUGUGUACGUGAUGCGUGUGUGUGUUUAAUGGAGGCAGGUCUGAUGCUCCCAGGGCACAGCUCUGACCGUCAAGCAACCGUUUCCCUUGUUUCCAUAGCAACCACUGUCCAAUUACCGCUGCCGCGCUGCACUACUCUGGCUCUGUUUCGGUAAGAUGGAGCCACUUCUACGUUGCGCGUGUACACGCUUGUGUUCAAAUGCGCCAGCGCUUGUGUGUGUCUAUCAGAGACUCUUUCUUGUACGGCUGCAUGUCGUCUCUUCAUCCAAACGUCUGUACUGAGAGCUUCUCCUCCCUCACCUCCCCACCAGAGGAAAAAAAGACUCUCACUCUGCUCAGCCGCUUGGAGAAAAGAAAAAUCCCUCACUGGUGUAGCGACUUGCAGCCACUCACGAUACCCCUCCUCCUCCUUCAUCUCCUCUUCUCUCAUCCCUCCCCCUCUGUCUAAACCUCUCUCUCCCCCUCUCACACACACACACACACACACACACACACACACAUACACACAUAUCAUGUGAUUCACUUGCUGCACCACCAUUGGCGUCUCUGAUCGUGGCGUGUAUCCAAUCAGGGCAUAAGCCUGGAGAUCAACAUAAGCGAAGCAGAGCAGCCCGGCUGAUGCUCUUAGAGUCACAGAGGGAGGGAGCAAGGCAUCUAAAGAGGCAUACAGAAAUAUUACAGUAAAGGGGACAGUUAAAGAAGAAACUAGGACACUUUGUUGUUGUUUUUUUUAAUUUUUUUUUUUAUUUAAAGAGAAUAUGCUAAAAGAGAGAAUUAAACAGGAAACCUGAAGGAACAAAGGGCAAGAGAAGAAAGCGCAAAAGGAGAAGGUGCACACGCUGCGCUGACAGACGAGUCUUCCCUUAUUGUGGCUAACGCUAACUGUCCACAAUCAGCUAGACCGCUCUCGCUCGGAGCCAUCUGCUUCCUAAUUCCAUCCUUCCAUCCAUCCCUGUCUCUCGGCGGGCGCUAAAAACUCCUUCUCUGGCAAAAGCACGAGGAUUCACCUGUCACUGUGGAGAGUUUCACACCACACUUGGAAACAUGGAGGUGACAUGUAAUGCAGGUGGUGAGGGAGCAGAUCAUGCGAGCGCUGACUCUCAAGCCUAAUUCCCUGGACCAGUUCAAGAGUCGCCUGCAGAACCUGAGCUACACAGAGAUCCUGAAGAUACGCCAGUCCGAAAGGAUGAAUCAGGAAGACUUCCAGUCCCGCCCCAUCCUGGAGCUGAGAGAGAAGAUCCAGCCCGAGAUCAUGGAGUUGAUCAAACAGCAGAGGCUCAACAGGUUGUGUGAUGGAACCUGCUUCAGGAAAAUCAGUAGUCGCAGGAGGCAAGAUAAGUUUUGGUAUUGCCGUCUUUCUCCGAACCAUAAAGUCCUGCACUAUGGAGAUUUGGAAGAGAGCCCUCAGGGCGAAGUGCCCCACGACUCUUUACAGGACAAACUGCCUGUGGCUGAUAUCAAAGCUGUUAUCACCGGCAAAGACUGUCCUCACAUGAAGGAGAAGGGAGCCCUGAAGCAAAACAAGGAGGUGUUAGAGCUGGCCUUCUCCGUCCUCUAUGAGUCCGACGAGUAUUUAAACUUUAUUGCUCCUGACAAGCAUGAGUACUGCGUGUGGACAGACGGUCUGAACGCCCUCCUGGGUAAGGAGAUGACCAGCGAUUACACCAAAUCUGACAUGGACACCCUGCUCUCCAUGGAGAUGAAGCUCCGGCUCUUGGAUCUAGAGAACAUCCAGAUUCCCGAGGCCCCGCCCCCGAUUCCCAAAGAACCUAGCAACUAUGACUUUGUUUACGACUGUAACUAGACGAACACAAACCUUCCCAGCUCCUACUGUACUCCCUGGACCAAUUCCCUUUUCUUAUAAACUGGAACAACACAAAUAAAACCAUAUAAUGUAAAAAGAUGAACUGUGACUGGACGAAAAAAAGGAUUUAUUGAACAAUUUUCCUCUUGCUUCUUGCUAGACCUCUAUACGAGAGAAAACGGUGCAUAUUAAUAGGCUCGCUGCACUUGAGGGGACUCGGGUUUGAUGCAGAGUCAUCAGGUUGCCAUGGAGAAGACAAACCGGGAAGUAUUUGUUUUGCCUGUCGUUGGUCGUCCUCCGUCUUUCUCCUCGCUCUCCUCCUGCGUCUGAUGUUUUGAGACAUUCACUUCUUCUUCUCGACCGAAGGCACCUGCAGUCCUUAUGCUUGAAGAUUGUGGUAGACAAAUGUUUAGAAAUUGAUCUUCCUUGUCGUCCUCUUUUAUGUUUACCUUAUUAUUAUUAUUAUUUCCUCAGGGCUUCUUUGGAGGGAUGGUUUAGUUCAGGAUCAGAGAGGAGUGGGGGGUGUGUUUUGUUAUCACCUUUCCAGCAGUAUUUCCUGUCACAUUCUCACUUACAGUAUUUGUGGCAGCUAAAUGUUUUCCAAGAGGCUGAAAGGAAGGUUGAAGUACAUUUUAAGCAGAAUACUUCAUGAAAAUAGUCUCUAAUAUCCGCUCUGUCCUGCUACACAUAUACUGAAGACUGUAAGAGUAAGUCAAUCCGCAAAAUAAAGGCACUGUACUUUAGUAAAAACCCUUUCUCAAAUGUUAGUUACUAUCCCACCGCUGCUUAUUGCAUAUUGUACACAACUACAGAGUGGCUUUGCCAAAAACACCCGUGAGAGCACCACCAUUGUGAAAAACACAUACAAACACACUCGUCUUUCCCUCAUUUGAGUCUCUCUCAUUGUAAUAACUGCUGUACACAACAUUCCUAAGCAAUAUUUGAGCUUUUUUGUUUAUCAUUUGUAAGAUGUUCAUAAUUUAGGGAUUUUAAAAUUGUGAAUCUGCCUUGUAGUUUGUAUUACAAAGAGGAUGUUUUGGUCAAGGGAAGUUGUCUUUUUUUGUUUGUUCAGAGACUAUAUGGCCACAAAAUUAAGUGUAUGUCCUUUUUUAAUUUAAAAACAGAUCAUGGUUAUUUCGAGUAUGGUUUAUAUAUUGCCCCCUUCCUAUUUAAUACCUUCGGAUGCUUUUCUUUCGGAUUUUUCAAAGCCCCUUAAAAACUGCUGUUUACAUUAAAGAUGUAAGAACUGUAA